UUGUAACAUUGAAACAGUAAUGAUUACUGAUAACGAUAUUUGAUUUCGUAGAAAUUGAGAAACUUCAUUGACGCAAAUGUUGCUGUCGCUUUGUAAUAUUUAUAAUAAUAGAAUGAUGAUCACAUCAUACCCUUGGAUACUGUAUACGAGAUGACGUUAAAUUAUUUAAAAAAUUGUACGAAUUAUAUGCAUUGUACUAUUAGUGUACAAAUAAAAUUAUUUUUGAAGUAUAUAAAAAAUGUGUAAUUAGUAGUUAUAUUUCAUGUGACGCCAUCAAAUGAACAUGCAAGCUGAAUUAAGGAUGUUUUUUAAAUGGGUCUCUAAGCACUGCUAUCAGUACCGCCAUAACAACUAUCAAAAGUUAUGAGAUGCCUGUGUGUUGGCCAUCAGUAAAGCUUUAACCCCGAUGUUCAAUAUCCGAGCUUCAGAAUAAAAGAAGCAGGUGAUAACACAUUUUCGUAUACGUAAUCGAAUUUGAAAAUAAUAGAAAUUCUGUGUAAUGUUAAUUAUUCGAUUGAGUGUUUAUGCAAUUGAUAAUUUUAUUUAAUCAGAAUUGCUCAGGCCAAUUGCACAAUGAUAUUGUAUUCGCAUUACCACCGUUACGAAUAAACGAUGAAAAUAAGUCAGAACAUUUUAUCUGACAAUCUGGUAUUUUUGCGUGUAUGGAAACUGAUAGCAACCUUUAUAUAAAUACAAGAAAUAAUCAUUGACAUCCAGUGAUUUCGAAUUGACGUCCAGGACGUAUUAACUAAUUGUGUUAUUAGCAGCACAGAUUCUAAUAAUGAAGGGCUCCAUCGUGAUGAUUUUAUUAGCAAUUGUUGCUAUUCUGCAAGCUUGUCGAGCUAUUCCUGUUAGAAUACAUGAAAAUAACGUAGACCUACCCAGUGCAGUGGCUUACUUCAUUCCUCCGGUUGACAAUUCUAUCAAUAUUCCACAUUCCGAACUAAGAAACACUAUUCAUUCGAAAACUUAUCCAGUCCCAUUCCUAAGUUCGUUUAUUUAUCCAUAUGGUUCACUUAGAAGACCCGUCAAUAUUCCUCCUUACUUGAACGACAUUAUAUCUGGUAAUGGAAGAUUACAUCGUCCAUACCCUAGUCCCGUCGUUAUAACGUUCCCAGCACCUGAUUCUGGAUAUGAAAAUGGCAUCGAAUCAUCAGACGAAUCGUCCAGCGAUUCUUCAGACGAAUCAUUCAAUAUAUCCGGUGAAGCUUCUACUGAUGAAAUACAUGAACCAAUGACUACUGAUGAAACUUCACUUCAAUCUACUACUACUACCACCACCGAACCUAGCUGUAUAACUGCUACAAUAUCGACCACUGAGAAACCGACAACUGUAACGCCAUCAGUAAAAUCCAGUUCCGAAGAUUCAAAUAAAUUAUGAAUUUCAUCACAAUCGUUGAAAUCUACGAAAAAUUUCGAUUCCUUAUCUUAAUUGUUUAUCACAAUAAAACUUAUUACUGCAGGGCAUGCUUAUACGAGUAACCGGUUCUUGUAAUUAGUAUACUUGGGUGAUUUUUAAACACCUCGUGAAUAAAUAAUAUUAUAUCCAA